UGAAGGGUGAGGCAGGGCCGGAAGUUGGUUCAUUUAGCUGACGGUAGAAAGCGGGGCAGCUUGUUUGGGACAGAACCAUUAACCUUUGACUGAUAAAAGAACCCAAAGCGUCUCUGGGACUUUGGACGGAUCAGAAGGACUUUAGAGAAGCUGUGGGGGUCGAGGACAGGUGGUUUACCCGCCGAGGAGCCGCGGAGCAACUGGACCAAAGUUCGGAGCUAACCUGAGCUAGCGGGAUCAAUGGGACCGAGGCGGAGUAGCUGACCGAACCGAACCGGAGCGGAUCCCUGUAAAGGAUGCUCCAGGGCCCGUUGAGCAACCUGGACCGGGACCGGCCUCUCAUCCGGGUGCCCUUCACCAUCUUUGCUGUGGCGACGGUUCUACUCCCUCUGACGGGCCUCCUGGUCUGUCUCAUCACCUCGCUGCUGUACCACUACGAGGACUCCACCUACACCCACUGUCAGGUGUCCAACUACCUCCCGUCCAUCAGCUCCGCCAUCAGCCGCGUCCCCGAGCUCUACAUCUGGCGCAGCUGCAUCGGCCUCCACUCGGCGCCGCGCUACCUGGUGACCGUGGCCUACUUUAACUUCUACCGUGGCCGCUUCGCCGCCCGGCUGCCGGAGCUGCUGCUGAGCUGCCUGGCUCUCAUCUGCUGCGUGGCUGAGAACACGGGCCUGGUGCUGCUGACCUACGUGGCGUCCACAGAAGCCUACAAGGUUCAUAAAUACGGCUUCAUCGUGUUCAUCGCCUGCUCGCAGCUGCACAUGCUCAUUACAUGCAGACUGUGGUAUGUGAUCAAGAGGACCUACGUCAGUCCAGAGGAGAAAACAUCCUUCCUGUGGAAGGUCCGCAUCUUCCUGUUCAACAUCAGCUGCUGCGCCGCCGCCGCCUACUUCUUCAGGCGCCACAACAAGUACUGCGAGACAGGAGGUGAGUCCAGCCGCUGCUGAUCACACCACUGUUGUCCUCCUGAAUACGCUGACUCCUUCUGUUCCCGUCCUCCAGUCUACACGCUGUUCGCCCUCUUCGAGUACCUGGUGGUCUUCUCCAACAUGGCCUUCCACAUGACCGCCUUCUGGGACUUUGGGAGCACUCAGGUGAUGGUGGCCACGCUGCCGGAGGACAAAAGAUACUGAUCUUGGACCAGCUGGAGGGACAGCAGGGACAUGGACAAAGACUGAUUCUGUUUUAUUAUUAUAAGGUUCUGAUGUAAAACAGAACAAGGUCCAGGAUCUUCUGACAGCUUUGAACACGGUUCAGUCACAGAUAGAAACCCAACAACCUGUUCCAGUUCAGAUGAACCAUUUUUAACAUCUUAUAGACAGAACCAUCUAACCAGAACUUUGAAGAGAACAGAAAAUCUUUAGCUCUUCAUGCUUCUGUGGAACAUCUCCUGAUGGAAAUACCAAAAUAAACCCGUUCAGGAUGUUCUGAAAUGUUCUAGAGUGGUGAAGAACAUUUCUUCUCAGAAUCAGUCCUGAUUCUGAGAGUUCAGCUGAAGCUGCUGCAGAUGACGUUCAACAUGCUGUUAAAUUAGAAUCCCGGAGGGUUAACUGUUCUGGGGCAUGAAACCGGGUCUGGGACGGGAUGAGAACGUGUUUCCUGAAACAUUCCAACCUUCUGUUUAGGUUUGUGUGGAGGAGGAGGAGAAUGAUGAAGAUUUCAGGUCUGAUGGGAUCCAAUCAGGAAGAAGAAGAACCAUGUUGAUGCAACAGAACCGGUAUCAGACGGGAAUGAAAGGAUGUUUUCUGAUUUCCAGCUGAAGUGAAUUUAUUGCAAUUUAAUUUAAAAGGUGAAAUAAAUGAAUUCUGCAAAGAA